CCUAACGUUGAAAAAUGUUUACAAAAUUGUUUAUGCUUGUUUUAUUUAAGAACUGCUAUUCACAAAUUAUAGAUUAUGAGGUAGAUGAUUCACAAGGUUAUGGUAGACGAUUUGAUGGUAUUGGUGCAAUCAGUGGUGGAGGGGCAACAUCAUUACUAGUUAGACACUAUCCAACCAAACUAAGAGAUGAAAUACUGGAUUAUUUGUUUAAGCCAAACUUUGGAGCAAGUUUGCAAAUUCUGAAAGUAGAGAUUGGAGGUGACUCUCAAAGUGGAGAAGGCAGUGAAGCGUCACAUAUGCACAACAGCUGGGAUGAGAAUUACUACAGAGGAUAUGAAUGGUGGAUGAUGAAAGAAGCUAAAAAAAGGAAUCCAGAUAUAUUACUGUAUGGGUUACCAUGGGGAUGGCCAGGCUGGAUAGGAAAUGGAACACACAAUCCCUAUUAUAAUGUCAGUACAACAGCUGUAUACAUAAUCAAGUGGAUACAAGGGGCCAAGAAAUACCAUGACUUAGAUAUUAAUUUUGUUGGGAUAUGGAAUGAAUUAUCUUAUAGUAUUGAGUAUAUCAAGACUUUAAGAAGACUAUUAGAUCAGAAUGGAUUACCCAAUGUUAAGAUAGUUGCUGUUGAUGGAGGAUUUGAGAUAGUUAACGAUAUGCUACAUGAUCCUGAGCUGUCUAAUGCUAUAGAAUACAUUGGUGUCCAUUAUCCUGGUACCCAAUCAACAGUAGCAGCAUACAAUACAGGGAAACAGUUGUGGUCAUCAGAAGACUUCAGUACAUUUAAUGACAAUAUUGGUGCUGGUUGUUGGGCUAGGACUCUGAAUCAGAAUUAUGUAAAUGGCUUAUUUACAGGAACAAUUGCCUGGAACAUGAUAACUGGGUAUUAUAAUGCUUUACCAUUUAUCCGCCAAAGUUUGAUGACAGCAAAUUCACCAUGGAGUGGAAACUAUGUCAUUAACAACCCUAUAUGGGUAACAGCUCAUACAACCCAAUUUACAGCCCCUGGGUGGAGAUAUCUGAAGCAUAACAUGGGAGUGGGGAAAUUGAAAAAUGGAGGAAGUUAUGUGUCACUUGUCAGUCCAGAUGGGAAGAAUCUCACCAUUAUCAUGGAAACAGUGACAUCUAAACAUUCAGUGUGUUUUUAUCACCAGCCAAACUUUAAUGUUACUCUACAGAACAUAACUCUACAGUUAAAAGGAAGUUUUGCGAAAAUAGACAAGAUGGCUCUCUGGUACAGUAGACUAGGGUAUGAUGGAGGGCAGACUGAAAUGAUGCAGUAUACAGGACAAGUUGAUGUAAAAGAUGGUAAAAUUAAUCUAAAUCCUUACCCAGACAUGGUGAUCACUCUUACUACACUGACCACUGGUCAGAAAGGCAGUCAUCCGGAACCACCACCAGAUAAACCUUUCCCAUUCCCAUAUACAGAAAAUUUUGAAGAAUACAAUGACACAGAACAGCCAAAGUAUAUGGCUCAGCAGUUAGGAUGCUUUGAAGUGCACAAAUCUACUGAUAGUAGCCAUGGCAAUGUAUUACGACAGAUGGUUCUUGAGCAGCCAGUUUACUGGAAUGCUGCAGACAGAUUAAAACGUACAGCUAACUUAAUUGGGGAUUAUUCUUGGGAAGAUAUAACAGUGUCGGUAGAUGCUAAGACAGGGGAGAUUAAUGGCACAACUGGAGUAUUCCUUGCAGCCAGGGUGGAUAGAGGUGGUGUGAAAACAGGAGGGGCUUUAGGGGUAUUCUUCUACUUGUAUCCUUCCUUACAAAUGUACAAGUUGACCUCUGACAUUGGUGGUAAAUCAGUGUUGAAGUCUGGAGUAGCACAAAUAGCCAACAAGGGUUGGAAUACAUUAAAAUUAAUACUACAGGGAUAUCAGGUUGAAGGAUAUCUGAAUGGACAAUAUUUAUUUGAAUCUGACAUACAGAAUGUACCGUUGACAGGAUUUGUUGGUUUUGGUACCUCUGAUUAUGGUUAUGCUGAAUAUGAUAAUCUGGCUAUAUAUAACUCGGAAAAAGUUACACCACAUAAUGAUCCAGAUAUAUUGUACUUUAUACCAAGAUAGUAAACUAAACAAUAAUUUUAUAACCGUAGUAGCAAAAUUUUAUCAAGACUUUUUAUGCAACUACAGAAACUAUUACAUUUUAUUGUUUUGAGAAAUGUUGCUAUAGUUAUCUGAUUGAUGAGAUUUUUAUUGUGCCAUAUUAACUUGCUAAAUAACCUUGCCAAAAAGGUCAUCCUUAACCAGGUUUUAAAGUGCUUAUUAAUACGGUGAAGUAAGGGCAGGCGGACAGUUUCAGUACAUUUACUUUAGGAACCAUUCAACCAAUGCUUUUCAAAAUUAAGUAUGUUGUUACUGCUGGUUAUGUUCAAUAUUGAGGUCAAGUUCAAUAUUGAGGUCAAGUUCAAUAUUGACAAUUUUCACCUUUACCAUUCAGGAGUUAUGCUCCUUGUUAGAUAUGAAAAUAGGCACAAAACAUGACAGGUCAAUCAAGUCUGAAAGAACCAACAGCCAAUAUGAUAGGCAGUAUAAUUCAGAGAUUUACAAGCUAAGGCAAGUUGACAUUACAACUAUUGUCAUAUUUGAUUGCGUAGAUCUGUUUAUAAUGUUGAGAUUAUGUUUACGCAGUUGUUAUGAGAUUUUUGAAAGUUUAUAUAUUACUUUUUUAUAAUAUUUAUACUUGUUUUACUGAACAUUCCUUGAUAAACAUACCAUUGUUAAUUAUUGUGAUUAUAAACCUUUAUAUGAACACUAGGUUUACAUUUUAGACUUAAUUAUCUCAAGUGGAUAAAUAAUUUAAACAACAGCAGGGUGUGUUAGAAUCUCUAUCGAUUCCAAAAUUUGUUAUCCUCUUUUGUUCAAACAUGUGAACUUUUUUAAUAAAUGUUUUUUUUUUAA